AUGGCUCCUCAACAAGUGGACACGGGAAAAGCCAUUCAAACUGAAACAAGCGAACUCGAGUUAUCCUCCCAGACGUCACCGCCGUCUCCCUCGUUGGAACAGCGUGUGAACCGUCACGAUGCUGACAUCACGUUCAUCAAGGAUAUGCUCCACAAGAUCCUGCGCAACCAAACUCUUGGGGUCAUCACCGAGUCUUCGGUCCCUCCAGGGUUUAACAGCCCAGCUCCGGUGGCUCACUAUCAGCCAACGACGACGACGCCGAUGAAUGGGUCGAGCAGUCAGCCUACCGUGGGGAUCUUACCAAACCCAGAACCGGAAUCUCACCUCAGACCCGCGACCUUGCGAUUCUCAGCUCCUCCGCCAGAGCAGCAAGCGUUUCCUCAGGGUUAUGCUCAGGAAUACCCAAACCGCCCUAUGGAGUUACCCAUUUUCGAAGGUAAGAGCCCUGAAGAUUGGCUUUUUCGAUUAGAGAAAUGUUUUGCGAGUAGGGGAACACCGGAGUAUGCUAAGAUAGACCUGGCGAUUUCUUGUCUUACCGGCUCUGCCGUUACCUGGUGGAGGAUGACGUAUGGUAGACAACGAAUUGGUAGCUGGAAGGAUUUUAUGGAAAAGUUCAAGGUAAGAUUCAAGCCGAGUAGAGGGUUGUUGGCGUUGGACCAACUUAUGAGUAUUCACCAGAGGGGUAGUGUGGAGGAAUACCGUGAGCAGUUUGAGGAGAUAGCAGUGGAACUGCCUCACGUCUCUGAUGACGUACUCGAGUCAGCCUUCCUCCGAGGGUUACACAAGAGUAUAAGGGAUCAGGUGGUACGUUGUAGACCGUUUGAUUUGGCAGAGAUAGUAGACACCGCUAAGAUGAUAGAGCAUCAAGAGAGUGAGAAUACCAGCCUGCAACCAAGGACAUCGGUUAGGUCUUUUUACUCAUCUUCUCACGGUCAAGGAACAAGCUCUGUGAGACAUGUUGAUCAAUCUCAAGGUAAACGGCCUCAGGAACCUAACAGAGAUUUCAAUAAACCUACAGGGGGCACUGAACCUCGCAACAACAACCCGUGUAAAAACUAUGGAGAUAAAUGGUUCCCAGGUCACCGCUGCAGAACUCAACAAAAGUUGAAGAGUCUUGAGGUAGCAGAAGAAGAAGAGCAGUACUGGGAUGCCGUGGAUGAAGUGCAGCCUCAAGAAAAUCAGGAAGCUGAGACAGAGGAGAUACAAGAAUAUGAAGUCUUAUCUCUUAGCUCUAUUUCUGGGUUGACUGAUGAGAAGUCUAUGCGAAUGAUGGGGCAGUUGGGAAAUAGAGAUGUUGUGGUGUUGAUUGACUCAGGAGCUACUAGAAGUUUUGUUGAUUUUGGGCUGAUAACUGAGUUAGGAUUGACCAUAUCUACUACCCGUCCGUUUGGAGUUCGUGUAGGUGGAGGAAGGAUCCUAAAGGGAAAAGGCAGAGUAUCAGGAACACUACUCGGGAUACAAGGGGUGGAAAUAAUGGAGGAGUUGUUAGUGAUUGAGUUAAAUAGCACUGAUGUGGUUCUGGGAUACUCAUGGUUAGCUACUCUGGGUGACACCAGAAUUAAUUGGCUAAACAGGACACUAAGCUGGAAAAUUGGUAACAAGUGGGUUACAAUAGUGGGAGAUCCCUCACUAAGUAAAGGACCAGUUUCGCUCCAUUCUAUGGAAAGGGUCAUUCAUUAUAAAGGGGAAGCAUACCUUUUGGAGCUGACUACGCUGUUUGAAGGGAAGCAACAACCUGAUAAGAAAAUUCCAGAAGUCGCGAAGAUUCAGAAGUUGGUCAACUCUUUCAGGUCUGUGUUCGAGAUGCCUCAAUGCCUACCGCCAACAAGGAACCGUGAGCAUGCAAUUAACUUGCAAGAUGGAACUACGCCAAUCAAUCUCAGGCCAUAUCGUUACUCGUUCACUCAGAAGAAUGAGAUUGAGAAGCUGGUACAAGAGAUGUUGGAUGCUCAGAUAAUAAGACCCAGUGUUAGCCCUUACUCCAGUCCAGUGCUACUAGUUAAGAAGAAGGAUGGAGGGUGGCGGUUCUGUGUGGAUUAUCGUGCACUGAACAAGGCGACAGUCCCCGAUAGGUACCCAAUUCCAGUAAUAGAGGAGUUAUUGGAUGAACUUAAAGGAGCUACCGUAUUCUCGAAGCUGGAUUUAAAGUCAGGCUACCACCAAAUACGAAUGAAGAGCACUGAUAUUGAGAAGACAGCCUUCAAAACACAUCAAGGUCAUUACGAAUUCCUCGUAAUGCCUUUUGGAUUGACAAAUGCACCCUCCACAUUCCAGAGUAUCAUGAACGAUCUAUUCAGGCCAAUUCUCAGACGGUUCGUCCUUGUUUUCUUUGACGAUAUCUUAAUCUACAGUGCUAAUUUGGAAGACCACUUGCAACACUUGAGAACAAUACUCAGUUUGAUGCAACAAUACAAAUUCUAUGCCAAUGCAAAGAAGUGCACGUUUGGGAACGCUGAGGUGUCGUAUCUAGGCUACUACCGUCGCUUUGUCAGGAAUUAUGGUCAGAUAGCUAGGCCACUAACGGAGCUUCUCAAGAAAAAUGGGUUUGUGUGGUCCGCUGAAGCUACUACCGCUUUUCACCAUCUCAAGCGAGCUGUUACCAGUUUACCAGUGCUGGCACUGCCUGACUUUAAUCAGGAGUUCACCAUAGAGACAGACGCCUCAGGAACGGGCAUUGGAGCGGUUCUGUCACAGAAUAAGAGACCUAUAUCCUUCCUUAGCCAAGCUUUCUCUUCAAAAGGGAGAGUCAAGUCAGUUUAUGAGAGGGAAUUACUUGCAAUUGUAAUGGCGGUGGUUAAAUGGAAACACUAUUUGACAGGUCCGGAAGUGGCGGAUGCUUUAUCCAGGAAACCAGGAGGAGAAGAACUGUGCCAACUCACCUUUACUGCACCUUUGAACUUGGAUAAGGAUCAGUUGUUGGAAGAAGUGAAGAAGGAUGAAGGGUUGGGUGCGAUCUUGAAUGCUCUGGAGAACAAAUCUCCUACUCAACCUGGGUACAGUUUGGAGAAAGGCAUGCUGUAUAAGAAUGGUUGCUUGGUUAUCCCGAGGCGAUCUCCCUUCAUUCCAAAGCUUUUGGAGCAAUUCCACUCCACUGUCGUGGGAGGUCAUGAAGGGGCUUUGAAAACUUACAAACGUUUAUCAUCAGAGGUGAACUGGCGUGGUAUGCGCAAAGAUGUGGUCAACUUUAUCAUGUAG